AUGGCGCGUCGACCAGACAUUGUUCCCCGUCACCGACAACCAUAUCUUUUUGGCUCUGAAGCCCCCACGCUUGUGAAAAGGGAACCUGUGCCAACCACAGAAUCUGAUAGUUCGAGUACCAACACCUGUGGAGCUGGCCACCAGAAAUGUGAAAAGCCCACUAGUACAACAACAACCACUACCCUGCCUGUUGUUCUGGGAGCAGUAGUUCCCAUUGUAUGUGCGAUACUGGUUCUCAUUUAUCUACAUCGGCGCAAUGUGAAAAAGCUUCGGAAUGAAGAUGCCAAUGACAAGCAUAAGUCCCUCGAUUUCGGACUGGAUAUGGAGCCUACCGCUAGCGGAAAAUCGAUGCGGCCUACCGAAAAAGUAGAGGGGAGCUAUAAUCACGCCAAGGGAGUUUCUCUAGAUAUCGGCCCAAGUCCUUACUUACUUCCGCCUGGUCUGCAGAGCUCUAAAGAGUCUAUCCAUUCUCUGUCAAGGUCUAUUGGUGGAGCUGACGAUAAAUACCGUUCCGCUAUUUCGUACAUGCCAGGAGACAAUGCCCCCCUUCGAUUGCACCAAAAGGCUUUCCAAGACGAUGCAUCGAGUUUCACGGGCUCCACUAACAGAGCUGGCCUGUGUGAUGACAUGAACCAGGGAUUGCUGCGAAAUGCUCAGAGGAUGUCCCGGUCUUCUCCCCCAUUAUACGAAACCCCCCCAGCUGAGCACUUUGUCCAGAGCACACUUCCAUACAACAAAGAUGACACUGGGUUCCAGCUGAAUCUUCCAAGAAGUCCCAGUCCUGUUCUAAUACCCAGCGCUCCUACAAGCAAUGGGAAAAUACCGACAGCAAACAGUGUCAGCCAAGCUACCAUCGCCAUUGAGGAAAACGAAGACUCGUCGGGGCCGGGUGCUGUCCACGGCAGUCUGUUUCCAAAUAUGCAAAGUAAUCUUGCAGAUCACAAUACCGGGCCAAGAAAUUUUGACGUUGCACCCAAGCAUAUCCCAAGCCCCCCAGCACAAGAAUCCCAGCACACUACAUCUACACUAGAUGCCACUCCGUCCAAAACCACAUCAAUUCCGAAGCCCAUAAUCUCCCCUCUGGCGAAUGAAUUCAAGGACGAAAAGGAAUUGCCUGUGAUACCGGCUGUGAAUAUUCACACUGUAGAUGGUACGCCAACUCAUGCUAAUGGUUGUGACCGUUCAGCUGCCCCUACUGCACCCCCUGAGGAACCGUCACAGUCCCAAAGUUUGAAGGUUGAUCCGCGCCGAAGCACUCGCCGGAUGACACUUGGUCUACGUCCUUUGCCUCCUGAGGAUCCAUCAGACAACCCAGAACAGCGCGCCAACCGCAUCCGAUCGUUCUACAAAGAAUAUUUCGAUGAAAACAAGACAGGGAGGGAAACGUACUAUGAAGACUACGGAGCUGAAUUUUACCAAUACGAUAGCUAUACAUAUGGCCCUAUGACUGGAGGGUACGAUGCAAUUCCUGCACCAUUUGCUGAGCCUGUGAACCGCCGUGCUAUGACUCCACCCCCGCGCCCGCCUCCACGAUUCCAAGGAGCCAGACAUAUGACAUCAGGUUCGGUCAGCAGUUUUAGUGAUCGUCUCUACUCCCCAGGCCCGCGUGCAUUCUCUUCCGCUUCCGGCCGAAUGACGGGUCCUCUAGCACCACGUAAACCAGCGCCUCCUCCAGCACCACUUCAAGUCCUGCCUACUCCCCACAUGCUAAAUGAUGACUCUAUCAUGGCUUCUAUUGAUUGGGCACCUGGGAAAACGUUCAAGGAUCAGAGAGAUGGUCGGCCAGAGACUCCCCUAGGUGGCUUGCGACCUUUCAGUCCAACCAUGCGAGCCCACACCCCUCUUGCCUCUGCUUUUAGCGAACUAUCAAUUAUUCCAAGCCCGCAUUCGUUACGUAAGUCAGGGACAUACGACAAUUUGGACUUCGCUCCCCCACCUCGCUUCAAAAAUACUGAGACUGCGAGUGAUUCCGGUAGCAUUCACAGCAAUCGGACUGGAAUUUCAACCACGCAUUUGCACAACAUUCGUACUGGCGCCUACCGUGUCAGUCGUCUACCCCCGGAAACAGUAGGUACGAAGGACGACCUAGUAUCCAAUCUUCGCCCAACAUGGGAUUUGCGGCAGUAG